AUGGGACCACAAUUUUUCUCCUCCUUAUCUUCAUUGUUCACAACUAUCGAAAACAAGUUCCAGGUUUUCAUUGUUAUUCUUUUUUUCUUCGUUCGAUUUGGUUUAAUUUUUCCAAUCUAUUUUUUAAAACUUUUAUUCGGUUUCUUUUUUGUUUUUGACUGUUAUGAUUUUUUAGUUUUUCUUUUUCACUUUUUACGUCUCUCCUUCCAUUUUAAUCUGCUUCAAUUUAUUUCCUUUUCCCCUGGUUCUCCUUUUCUGUUUCAUUUUUACUUUUUUUUUUAUUCCUUGUUUUGGUUAACUAUUUUUAUUUUUUUUUCCUUGUUUUCUUUUUUUUUCAGUUUUCUUUUCUUUGUUUAUAAUUCUUUUUUUUUUCUUAGUUACCAUUUUUAUUGGAUUCGUUCUUUCCUUUUUCUUUUUAUUCUUUCUUCCAUUUCCUUUUUUUUUCUCAUUUUCUUUAAUUAUUUUACCUUUUCUCACUUUACCCACUUCCCUUUCAACCUUAUGCCACAAAUCAAUGUAUUAUAUCAUUAUUUAAAUAAACAUUGCUACCCCGAAAAGUUCAUUAAUGCUAUUGUUUUUGCUCUCUCUCUCUCUCUCUCUCUCUCUCUCUCUCUCUCUCUCUCUCUCAGCUCGAUUAGAGGCACGGAUCGGCCUGCGGAAAUAAAAAAAAGUAUCUUUUUCUUGGCAGCUACAACUUUUUAUCAGCCUAAGGACUUUUCCUAA